GCAAGGACUCCUGAAAGAUUGAGGGCCAAGGACUGAAGCUGCUGUUUUGCCCAUCUGCCACUGCUUGAGGUGUAUUCAUUAUUAAUGGAGGUAGUGGUGGUUGCUGCUCAGAUAUGCAGCCCUGCCUGGAUAACUUGAGGAAAAUGGAAACAGAUGAGGCUCAAGAUAUGUCCCAGGUUUCAGGCAAGGAAAGUCCUCCUAUAAGUGAUGUCCCAGAUGAUGUAGAUGAGCCUAUGCCUGUACCUGAGGACCUUUCAACCAGUACCGGAGGACAGCAGAAUUCUAAAAAUGAAAGAGCUUUGGCCAGUAAUAUUAAAAUAGAGACUCAGAGUGAUGAAGAGAAUGGGCGUGCCUGUGAAUUGAAUGGGGAAGAAUGUGCGGAGGAUUUACGAAUGCUUGAUGCCUCUGGAGAGAAAAUGAAUGGCUCACACAAUGGCCCAGGCAGCAAAGCUAUGUCAGGAGUUGGAGGCAUUCGACUUCCUAACGGAAAGCUAAAAUGUGAUAUCUGUGGGAUAAUUUGCAUCGGUCCCAAUGUGCUCAUGGUUCACAAACGAAGCCACACUGGGGAACGCCCUUUCCAGUGCAGUCAGUGUGGAGCCUCCUUUACUCAGAAAGGCAACCUCCUCCGUCACAUAAAACUUCACUCAGGUGAAAAGCCCUUCAAAUGCCACUUGUGCAACUAUGCUUGCCGUCGCAGGGAUGCCCUCACCGGUCACCUGAGGACUCACUCGGUGGGAAAACCUCACAAGUGUGGAUAUUGUGGCCGGAGCUAUAAACAACGCAGCUCUUUAGAAGAGCAUAAAGAACGUUGCCACAACUACUUGCAAACCAUGAGCCUCUCGGGCAGCCUGUAUCCUGUCAUAAAAGAGGAAACUCACCAGAGCGAAAUGCCUGAAGACUUGUGCAAGAUAGGGCCAGAGCGAUCCCUCGUGCUGGAUAGACUAGCAAGUAACGUCGCCAAACGUAAGAGCUCUAUGCCUCAGAAAUUUGUUGGUGAGAAGUGUCUGUCUGACCUUCCCUAUGAUGCCACCACCAAUUACGAGAAGGAGAAUGAGAUGAUGCAGACUCAUGUUAUAGACCAGGCCAUUAACAAUGCCAUUAGCUAUCUAGGAGCAGAGUCUUUGCGUCCACUUGUGCAGACACCGCCAGGCAGCUCUGAAGUUGUGCCCGUCAUCAGCUCUAUGUAUCAACUCCACAAGCCCCUCGGGGACAAUCAGGCUCGUUCCAACCAUACAGCUCAAGACAGCGCAGUAGAAAACUUGUUGCUGCUUUCCAAAGCAAAAUCUAUCUCUUCUGAAAGGGAUGCCUCCCCCAGCAACAGCUGCCAAGACUCAACAGACACCGAGAGCAAUAAUGAGGAACGUAGUGGUUUAAUUUACCUGACGAAUCACAUAGGUCCUCAUGCCAGAAAUGGCCUGUCUAUAAAGGAGGAGCAGAGGCAAUAUGACAUCCUGAGGGCAGGUACUGACAAUUCCCAGGAUGGGUUCAAAGUGAUCAGCAGCAGCGGGGAACAAGUGAAAGUUUACAAGUGUGAACACUGUAGAGUCCUUUUCUUGGAUCAUGUCAUGUACACCAUCCACAUGGGCUGUCACGGCUUCCGCGAUCCCUUCGAAUGCAACAUGUGUGGCUACCACAGCCAGGACAGGUAUGAGUUCUCUUCCCACAUAACCCGUGGGGAGCACCGUUUCCACAUGAGUUAAAACUCCCCCUGGACAGACACAUUCCUGGAGACGUGUGAGCAACACAAGUGCAAGGCAUGAAUCUAUUGGACAGUAACAGCAAAUGAGACCUGCCCCCCCAGCAAACUUCACACCUCUCAGUAGCAUGCAUCAAAACUCAGUUUUAUAAAAUGAGUAUUGACGUUUUUAUUUCAAUUCUUUGGAUCACCAAAAAACCCUUAGUAAUGUAAGUAGGCGCUUUUAUAGUCCGGUAGCCGAAGCCCUUUCCUUUUAACUGUUGCUUCCUGCAAACGUCCCUUGCCAAAACAGCUAACCUUGUGCACAGUGCACAGAAACCUAGAUGAGAACUAGAAUUGGCUUAACUCUUUCAGUGUUACUGUGCUAGAUAAUAAGAAUAGGGUUCUUACUACAGCAGAUAUGGAUUUUUUUGAUGUCCCACUAUUAUUUGGCUCACUGGGAAGAGUUCAGUAGGGGCCCAACCAGGCUUACACGGUGGCACCAAUGAUACUCUAGAAUAGGUUGAGGGUGAAAUCUGGGUUCCUAGGGUGUUGCUACUGUAGCAGCAUUGUAAAAUAAGACAGCAUACCUGCCAAGGUGUGUAUUAUAUUGCCUUGUUUAUAUUCUGAGGCACAAGACCAGGUGUUGCAAGGAUAUGAGAAAUGCCCUUGUAAUACACCCCCUGGAGUGGGAGUUGCAUCUGUGCAUAGCAAGGGGUUUUGUUGUAUUUUAAAAAUAAAUGUUGCCCCUCCCUAUCCAACAAAAACCUCGCUUUUCCUUAACAACAUAAAGAUUAGAAACCUCUCCACAUAGCAAACAAAGACAAUUUACGGCAAUUUUUUUAAAGUACGUUUUAAUUUUUUUUCUUAAAGUACAGGAUAGCAGGAGAGUGAACUAACUAGAAAAAGGUUUGGAGACUAGUUUUUAUGAAACACUCAUUUUGGGGGCAGCAUUUUUACAACUGGCUGGAAGAAUCUCUGCCUAUACUGUUUCAUAUAUGAAAAAUGCCUAUUCUGUUUGCACAGUGAGUCUUGUAAAAGUUAUGGGUUGCACUAGGAAAAUUUUGCCCCUAACACUUUUUUUACAGAGGUACAAUGAAUUAAGCCAUUCCAAAAUGAGUGGCCCUCUCUCUUUUCGCUGAAACUAACUAUUCAAUAAGGGCUGUAUCCCCUAACCCUCUUCCAGAACCAUGCCUCAGUAUGUGCCUAACUAAGCAUGGGAGGAGGCCAUCUUAAUGGAAGUGGACCCUCUGAUUUUUGAGUUAGUAGGUGUGUAGGCACUCUGAGAGGGCAGAGUAUUUAUCAGGAUCAAGAACUGCAAAAUCCAACUCAUAGAAUCCCUUGGCAAGCUUUCCCCAAAUCAGAAUUUCAGUUGUGUUAACAUGAAAAUCCAUAUAAAGAGCAAAGAGACUGUCCUGUCCCUCUGUCCCCUCCCCCCCCCCGGCACCCCCAACCCCUCUGUAGUUCCUAUUCCAAAUAAUGCAUUCCUCUCCUUUGGUUUUAAGAUUGGGCAACUGUGAGAUGUAUGCAAUUGAGCUGAGAAUCUCUCAUCAGAGCUGGAAUAUUUCCUCACUAAACAACAUCAUGUAAACAACAAAAACCAUAUUUUAAAAGGCUUGCAAUACACUUAUGCCUGUUCCCUCCCUCUCUACACACAUACAAACAUGCAUGCACACAAAUCCAAAUUGGAACUGAGUCUCUCUCUCCACCAAGGAUAAAUUGAUCCAAGAAUAUAUACAUCCGCUCUAUAAACACACUGUUCCUGGUUCUGCCUUCACUUAUACAGGUGUAAAUUAGGAGCAACUCCACUGAAACUUCUGGAGAUUAAACUCAAGACAUGCACUUCACACUUCAUCCUUCCUAGUUCAGUACCUAGCAUAUGUUCACCUAAUAUUCACAUUGUAAAAGGCAGGCUCCAUGGAUAGUGAUAGAAUAUAUGUUCACAUCCUUUCAGUGUACAAGAAUGCACUGUAUAAACCUACACACACCUACACGGGUAGGGAAAAAUGCUAAUAUCUGUCAUACUGCAGACAAGAUAUCAAAAAAGAGAUAGUAGUACAGACAAUAUCCCCAGCUGUGAUCACUGUACUAGUAUAACUGCACUGACUGAAGAGCUAUGCCUGAGUAGAGAACGGCCCUGUAUAUCAGAGAUUUCUCAAAACUUUUGAGUCUAAUCAGAGAUUUCUUCACUGAGCCUGUUUUUGACAAACUCAAUGAGAGUGAAACAAUAUAAUUCAACCAGCCUUAUAGGAAAGUUCUGAUAUAAAACUAAAAGGGAGGACAGAAAUAAGUUACACUAAUAUUAGUAAUUAAGAAUCUAUGCUCUUUUUCUUUUUUAAACCCCCAGAUUUUGACACAAAGUCAUUCACCUGUCCUUUCCCUUUACACUUUCUCUACCUCUCAGAACCUGGACCAUUUCACAGGCUACAGAAUUAGGUCUGUGCCUAACAUCUUGCCCCCAACAAUACAGAUAGUUGAAUAAAAGAUAACAUAAAAAAAAAAAAUCUUUGUCCCUACAGGAUUACUUCAUCUUUAGCUUUUGCAACCACCCCCUUUCGCCAGCCUUUUUUUUUUCUUUCAUUCAAAACAGCUCAGGCAGUAAGCAUAGUAGUUCAUUUUGGGUCAUUUCUUUACUAACACCCAGUAUGGGUAAAGCUUGAUUUGUUACUGGGAUAAGCAGGCACAAGUCUGCAUCAAAUCUGGCCUUCAACAUGGCUGUAAAAGUUACGUGAGUUCUGGCUUAUGACAAGAUUUCUCUGCUUUUGUAUUGCUGAUGUGUGUGAGCUUGUCACCUUUUCAUAUGGACAUGCACACACAGCUGUUGGUGGUUGUGUGUAUUAUAUAAUACUACAAUAUCAAUCACAGCGAAGGUGUUUCUUGGACUCUUGGAUUUCCCUAUUUAUAUUCUACAGUAAAUAACAGGUUGUAUGUCAAGAUACAGUGUAUCAGAGGGAGUAGUCUAAAAGCAGGAGCAACAGCUUCUAGAAGGGGCUUUGGGUUUCAUACUUCUUGCACAGAAUCAGCCUCUGUUUGGAAAUAAAUAUAUUGAUAAUUUUAUUUAUUGGGAUAAACACAGGUGUGAAAAAAAACCUGCAUAGUAGGAGACCCUCUGUGUCUGAGAACAAAUUGUGCCCUUAGAUAACCAAUUUAGUGUAAUCGCUCUGAAAUACCACCCAGUAAUGGUUUACUGCUACCCCAAAAAGAGUGAACAAGUGGAAUGGCUUUAAGUUGGUAGCUGUUAAAAGAAAAAUGUAAAUAACAUUAAGAACUGCUUUUCAGAUUCUCUUUCAGCCCUUUCCCCUGACACUGCCUUUUAUAUUCGAUAUAUAGACAAGUGUAUUUACACCUUUUUUUGCUGUGAUUUUUAUAUUGUAACCCCAUUUUUCUUUGAGACCAUUGUAUUUAAAAAAAAUCAAGUAAAUUUCAUAAGAUUUGAAGUGUAAUUAAAUUAUGUCUGCAGAGUUAGACAUAUCUUGUAAGAAAGAACUUGGUAAAAUUCUUCCCUGGAUGCUGGAUGGCAAUGUGCACAGAGUAAAUCCUUUUGUGCAUGUGUGCCUCAUUGCAGGCAAGUGUGACUGUGUGUAGGACUGUGUGUACAUUUCUCAAAGCAGUUGGGUGGGGGAGAGAGAACAGGAGCAUGAAAUACAGCUUUUUUGACAUGUGGCCUGAUUCUGUUCUUGUACACACAAGUAUGAAUCAGGAACCAUAUAAAAGUCAAUAGAUUGAAACCAACGUAAAACCCAGUGGGAAAGCAGAACCCUUCACACAGCCUUUAUGUCAUGCUGGUCUGAUUUUCAGCCACAUUGCCAGUGCCUUGUGCCACACCUUUAUGCUAUGAAGCCAAUGAAAAUGUCCUAGGGUGAGCCACUCUGGUGCAUGGGAGAUUCUUCUCUUGUGGACAGCCUACACAAGGAACUUUGUGGCUUUUACAAGCUAGGCAAAUUUAGGGAGCCCCCAGUUUUCUCAACUAAAGUACAAAGACAGUAUGACACAUGGAGCAUCAGCAGGCUCCAAGCCUCACAGCUGAGUUAAGCCUACUACGUACUAAGCCACCGACUUCCAUGCUGGCCCUGAAAUCACUGUGCUAGUGCCCAUUCCUUGACUGACUUGAUUUAACUUCUCUCUGUCUUUGUGUCUUCAGCCCUCUCUUCUCAUUCUCUCUUUCCGCCGACAAGGGUAGGGCUUUAGAGAACACAGUUGUCCUGCUUGAAGAGGAUCAUAGUUUUUAGGAGCACAUUGCCCUGGAAAUUAUAUCCAUUAUUAUUUACUGUCACAGCAGUUUCUCUCCAGACCUUUCUAAUGAACAGAGUUCCCAUCAAAAACCAACACUUUCCCUGUUAAGGCUUUGAUAUCAUGUAUGGUAAACAGAAAUCAGAUUUUGUUUAUAUAAGGCACAUUGAGUUUAUCACUCUUAUCUUCUACACCUAUUUAUUUGUGAGUAAAAUGCAAUGAAGGACAAAAUGUUUGAGACCAUCUUACACAGUGGUUUGCAAUUUAUGGGCACCUCAAAUCCUCAUGUGGUAAAAGGGAACCAAUGAUAUUGCUAAUUAUAUAAGCAAAGAUCUAGGUGCACUUUAAGAGAAACUCUUGCAUUUUUCUUUCUUUUUUUCCUUUUUUUGUAACGUAGCUCAUGUCAAACAAAAUUACUUACAUGACAGUUUUAAAUUUCAGUAAUCAGCACUCAGGAAAAUUAACAUGGGCAGUUUUAACUAAUACCACUCACAUAUUCUGAUCCAAAUGUGAUAGUGUUAGUAACACUGAAUACAUCCUUAAAUUCAAGCGAAGACCCUCAUUGCACUUACACUCAUAGACUCAACAACAGUUUGUGUGGCUAAAAACUGCGAGAGCUUUGAGGCCCUUGCACAUCCAACAUGUUUCAAUGACUUUCUCUUGUGGUAGUUUUUAUGGUUUUUCAUAAGCCAAUGUUAUAAUCUAAUUAAUUUUGAUCAGAUGCUGUUGAAGAUCGACAGGCCCCCUUUUUGUAGAAGUGCUAAAUAAAUUCAAAAGUGUAAUUAACGCUGGUUAUUAUUUCAACUUUCAGUAUCUCACAUACACACUGGGACUCUCAAAUGCACAUUUAGGAAUUUAAAAGUUAAUAGGUAUUUUUAGAAGUGCUCAGCAGUCAUCUAUCCCUUUUCAGUCAAAACUAGAAUGAAGGAAAUCCCAAUGUUUGAGACCUGAAGAAGAACAUAUUGCACUGAAAAGCUUGUCUAAGUCUAUCCCAACCAUGCAGUUGGUCCAAUAAAAGAUACCACCCACAAAAAUCUUUGCCUCUAGCACAUUUGAAAACUUGGCAACUUUUAUCUAGUAAUGAAAAUGGGGGUAUAGAAGCCUAACUUCAGACACCUGGGUCUGAUAAUGUGACACUGCUACUUUUUUUUAAUUAUGAAAAAUACCAAUACAUUUUCAGCUUUAUCAGAUUUAUUCCUGAUUUCUUCUAUAGGCUGAACAA